UGCAAAUAGCAGUCCUGCUGCAGCCAGAGCACAGGCAAAGGGGACCAGGCUUUGCAUGUGCAGCCGAGUGGCUAAUCUUUGGACUGCAAAUGAGUGGAGACAAUAGAUGCUGGCUGCCAAUGCUCUAAAUAUAUCUAUUGGAGCUGAAUAGACAUUAUCACUGGGGUGACACCAAAAUAGUGCAGCUGAAGCAAAUCCUUUCCCUUCUUUUUUUUUUCUUUUUUUUACAGUGCUGAAACUUUCUAUCCCAAAUUUCCCAGGGUGAAAUUAGGAAGCCACUGAAAGGAAAGCUGCAGAUUUUCAUUUAUCAAGUUGAGGACAAGAUGGCAUUGGUGAUUUUGUGCGCCCUCUGGGCAACCCUGAUGGUGAGCACAGCGGGCACUGGGCAGAGGAAAGGCACAGACAGCACAGGGAGAAGAUAUAACCGGAUCCAGCAUGGCCAGUGCACUUACACUUUUAUUCUGCCUGAACUGGAUGGCAAUUGUCGUGAGGGGUCUACGGAGCAGCAGCAGUACACCAAUGCACUGCAGAGGGAUGCUCCACAAAUGGAUCAGGAUUUUUCCACCCAGAAAAUUCAACAUCUGGAGCAUGUCAUGGAAAACUACACGCAGUGGCUGCAGAAAUUGGAGAACUAUAUUGUGGACAACAUGAAGUCAGAGAUGGUUCAGAUGCAGCAAAAUGCGGUUCAGAACCAGACGGCUACUAUGCUGGAAAUAGGAACAAGUUUGCUGAGCCAAACAGCAGAGCAGACUCGGAAGCUCACUGAUGUGGAGACUCAGGUUCUCAAUCAAACUUCUCGACUGGAGAUUCAGCUGUUGGAGAAUUCUUUGUCGACGUAUAAACUAGAAAAACAGCUUAUUCAACAAACUCACGAAAUUAUAAAAAUUCAUGAGAAAAACAGCCUGCUAGAAAGUAAGAUAACAGAGAUGGAGGGGAGGCACAAAGUAGAACUGGACACAUUGAAAACGGAGAAGGAGACAUUGCAAGGCCUUGUCUCCCGCCAAACAUACAUCAUACAAGAACUAGAAAAGCAGCUCACCAAGGCCACCAAUAAUAACAGCAUCUUACAGAAACAACAACUGGAGCUCAUGGAUACAGUUCACAACCUGGUAAAACUCUGCUCCAAGGAAGGAGCUGUGGCUGUGGAAGGAGUGAAUACAAAGCGAGAAGAAGAGAAACCUUUUAAAGACUGUGCAGAUCUGUAUCACGCAGGAUUCAAUAAGAGUGGGGUGUACACAAUAUUUAUCAACAAUGUUUCCGAACCUAAAAAGGUGUAUUGUAAUAUGGAAACAGCGGGUGGAGGCUGGACAGCAAUUCAGCACAGAGAAGAUGGAACUGUGGAUUUCCAGAGAGGCUGGAAAGAAUAUAAAAUGGGGUUUGGCAGCCCAUCUGGUGAAUUUUGGCUGGGGAACGAGUUUAUAUUUGCAAUUACAAGCCAAAGGCAGUACUCUCUGAGAGUUGACUUAAUGGACUGGGAAGGCAAUCAAGCACACGCACAGUAUGACAGAUUCCACAUAGGAAAUGAGAAACAGAAUUACAGAUUAUACUUGAAAAGUCACAGCGGAACAGCAGGAAAGCAGAGCAGUCUGAUCUUACAUGGGGCUGAUUUCAGUACAAAAGACGCGGACAACGACAACUGUAUGUGCAAGUGUGCGCUCAUGCUGACCGGAGGUUGGUGGUUUGAUGCCUGUGGUCCUUCUAACCUUAAUGGGAUGUACUACAAUGCUGGCCAAAAUCAUGGAAAACUGAAUGGAAUAAAAUGGCAUUAUUUCAAAGGGCCAAGCUACUCUUUGCGUUCAACAACGAUGAUGAUUCGACCUUUGGACUUUUAGCUCAGAAGAGCAGGACAAUGGAAUACCCUCAGUCAUGGGAAGUUUCUUUGUAUUUUAUAUCAGUUGUGGAAAUAUUGAAAUGACUUACAGUAUUCCCAGCACACAUAAGGGAAUCCGUGUGAUGGUUUGCUGAACUCCUUUUGGAAAUAUAUCUUCACAAUCAAAGCUGCUGGAUCUACAGCAAACAACUGCAAAAAGAAAAAAUGGUUGAGCCAUUAUGGAUCUGUUCUUCAUUAACUCAGCACUGAACUUGCCACAUGAUAACAAGUACUAUAUAUCUUAUGGUAUAAAAACUGAGAAGUCAGUAUGUUUUGAGGAUAAACUACAUAUUACCUAAAAAUUGUCAACAAUCAUGUGGACUGGGGGGAAAAAAAAAACGUUUGCAUCAACGCACAUAUAGAACAUUCUGGUUCAUGGUAUUUCUAUAUUUUUCUAUGGACUUUUUCAGCAGACUGUUUUAAUGGGCUGGAUCUGUAGAUAUGCAUCAAAUCUAUCACUAUACUUUCAAAAUUAAAAUGUGAAUUUGUUCCCUUAAGUAUUAAAAACUGAACCUUUUAU